CUGCCGGGAUGAGUCGGGCCGUGCGGGUGCUGCGCGCUCUGCGACUGCGGCUCUUCGGGCCCGCCAAGGAGCUGGUGGGCACCGAUCAGUUCGGCAACAAGUACUACCGGGUGCCCAAACACGAGACCCACACAGGUUAAUAUGAUGGUGGACAGGCUUUCUGCAUCUUCCUUUCAGCUUUUGGGCUUCUCAUUGUUGGGGUUCAUGGUGACUUUGAAGGAUGUACGAAAAGGGCAGAUUAUACCGGAAAGAAGAUUUGUAGAAGCAAUAAAUAGUGAAGCAUAUCGGUAUGAAAUGGGUGACUUUCCAACAGAAUGGGAAGCCUGGAUAAGAAGAAGAAGAGAGGAUCCUCCCACCAUUGAGGAGAUUCUUAAGAAUGAAAGUUAUAGAGAAGAAAUGAAACAGAAAAUCAAAGAUGUGUCCGAAAAGGAUAAGCUGCUUCAGGCCAAGGAAUACAAGGAAGGACUUGUUGCUGAACCAGCUCAUAUUCAGGUUAAAGGCCACGCAUCUGCCCCUUACUACGGAAAGAAGGAGCCUUCGCAAGAUCCAAUGAGCACUGCAAAUACCUUUCAGCCAGGCUCCUGGAUGCCACCAGGCAGUGGCAGUAGUCAUAAUAAAUAAACAGUUGUAAUGUACAGAUAUUAGUAAUGGUAAAUAUUUUAACAGACAACAUGGACAGCUAUUAUGUAUAAGUGAGUGUUCAAUAAAGUAAUACUAAAGCAGUUUAA